CCGGCGGCCCAACCCGCGGUCAUAGACUCGCCGUCCUCCACGGCUUUCCCGUUUCCCGAGACCGGGCCGGGGGAGGAAGCGGCCGGAGCCCCCGUGCUAGGGGCUGGGGACACGGAUGAGGAGGGCGAGGAGGAUGCUUUUGAGGAUGCGCCCCGGGGCUCUCCGGGGGAGGAGUGGGCCCCGGAGGUGGGAGAGGACGCCCCGCAGAGGCUGGAGGAAGAGCCGGAGGAGGAAGCGCAAGGGCCUGACUCCCCCGCGGCCGCUUCCCUGCCCGGCAGCCCUGCGCCCAGCCAGCGCUGUUUCAAGCCCUACCCGCUCAUCACCCCCUGCUACAUCAAGACCACCACCCGGCAGCUCAGCUCGCCCAAUCACUCCCCGUCUCAGUCCCCUAAUCAGAGCCCCAGGAUCAAGAGGCGGCCGGAGCCCUCCUUGAGCCGAGGGUCCAGAACUGCCUUGGCCUCCGUAGCCGCCCCGGCCAAGAAGCACCGGGCCGACGGCGGCCUUGCGGGCGGCCUGAGCCGCUCGGCAGACUGGACGGAGGAGCUGGGCACCCGCACGCCCCGGGCGGGAGGCUCCGCGCACCUGCUGGAGCGCGGGGUGGCCGCUGACAGCGGCGGUGGGGUGUCCCCGGCACUGGCCGCCAAGGCGUCUGGGGCGCCAGCGGCUGCGGAUGGCUUCCAGAACGUGUUCACAGGGCGGACACUGUUGGAGAAGCUGUUCAGCCAGCAGGAGAACGGGCCUCCAGAAGAAGCAGAGAAGUUUUGCUCGCGGAUCAUUGCCAUGGGUCUUCUCCUUCCUUUUAGUGAUUGCUUCAGGGAACCGUGUAAUCAGAAUGCCCAGACCAAUGCAGCUUCGUUUGAUCAAGAUCAGCUUUAUACCUGGGCUGCAGUUAGUCAACCCACACACUCGUUGGACUAUUCAGAAGGGCAGUUUCCUAGGCGAGUCCCAUCCAUGGGGCCACCAUCCAAACCUCCUGAUGAAGAACACAGGCUCAGGGAUGCUGAAACAGAAUCUCAAUCUGCUGUUUCGGAAACUCCCAAAAAACGCUCGGAUGCUGUCCAGAAGGAAGUUGUUGACAUGAAGUCUGAGGGACAGGCCAAUGUAAUUCAGCAGCUGGAACAGACUAUUGAGGAUCUGAGAACCAAAAUAGCUGAACUAGAGAGGCAGUAUCCUGCCCUGGACACAGAGGUGGCCAGUGGUCGUCCAGGGCUUGGGAAUGGAGUGACAGCCUCAGGCGAUGUCUGUCUCGAAGCUCUCAGGUUAGAAGAAAAGGAAGGACGGCAUCAAAGGAUUUUAGAGGCGAAAUCCAUACAGACUUCCCCGACAGAAGAGGGCGGGGUACUGACACUGCCUCCUGUGGGUGCGCUGGGGCAUCCUCCAUGCCCGCCUGGGGCUGAAAGUGGACCUCAGACAAAGUUCUGUUCAGAGAUUUCUUUGAUUGUGUCUCCAAGGCGAAUAUCAGUCCAGCUCGACAGCCAUCAGCCCACACAGAGCAUCUCACAGCCUCCACCACCUCCAUCCCUUCUGUGGUCUGCUGGUCAAGGACAGCCUGGGUCACAGCCGCCCCAUUCUUCUCUUUCUACCGAGUUUGAAACCAGCCAUGAACACUCUGUUUCCUCCGCCUUUAAAAACAGCUGUAACAUCCCAUCUCCACCACCUCUGCCUUGCACAGAGUCCUCCAGCUCCAUGCCUGGCCUGGGCAUGGUGCCUCCCCCACCUCCCCCUCUCCCUGGCAUGACAGUGCCUACUCUGCCCAGUACAGCCAUUCCCCCACCUCCUCCUCUGCCGGGUACAGAAAUGCUGCCACCGCCUCCCCCUCCUCUUCCUGGAGUGGGCAUACCUCCUCCGCCCCCUCUACCCGGAGCGGGCAUACCCCCUCCGCCCGGAAUGGGAAUACCUCCUCCGCCCCCCCUACCUGGUGCUGGGAUUCCCCCACCUCCUCCCUUGCCAGGUAUGGGGAUUCCACCUGCUCCAGCUCCCCCACCCCCUCCGCCUGGGACAGGAAUCCCACCGCCCCCUCUGCUUCCUGCAUCAGGCCCUCCACUCCUCCCACAAGUUGGGAGUAGCACUUUACCAACCCCACAGGUGUGUGGAUUCCUUCCUCCUCCAUUGCCGAGUGGCUUGUUUGGAUUAGGGAUGAAUCAGGACAAAGGGAGUAGGAAGCAGCCCAUAGAGCCUUGUCGACCAAUGAAGCCUCUUUACUGGACCAGGAUUCAACUGCAUAGUAAAAGAGACUCCAGUACUUCACUUAUUUGGGAAAAAAUUGAGGAGCCAUCCAUAGAUUGUCAUGAAUUUGAGGAAUUAUUUUCUAAAACUGCUGUAAAGGAGAGAAAGAAACCUAUCUCUGAUACCAUCUCAAAGACAAAGGCUAAACAAGUUGUCAAGUUAUUAAGCAACAAAAGAUCACAAGCAGUUGGAAUACUAAUGUCUAGUCUUCAUUUAGAUAUGAAAGACAUACAACAUGCUGUUGUGAACUUGGAUAAUUCUGUGGUUGACCUGGAGACCCUUCAAGCUCUCUAUGAGAAUAGAGCACAGUCAGACGAACUGGAAAAAAUAGAAAAGCAUGGCCGGUCUUCCAAAGACAAGGAAAAUGCCAAGUCUCUGGACAAACCUGAGCAGUUCCUUUAUGAACUGUCACUAAUCCCCAACUUUUCAGAGCGAGUCUUUUGCAUCCUGUUCCAGUCCACGUUUUCAGAAAGCAUUUGCUCAAUUCAUCGCAAACUGGAAUUACUACAGAAAUUGUGUGAGACGUUAAAAAAUGGCCCAGGGGUUAUGCAGGUUCUAGGUUUGGUUCUUGCCUUUGGCAACUACAUGAAUGGAGGAAAUAAGACUCGAGGACAGGCAGAUGGCUUUGGAUUAGACAUUCUUCCAAAACUGAAAGAUGUCAAGAGCAGUGACAAUAGCAGAAGCCUUUUGUCAUAUAUUGUUUCGUAUUAUCUCCGAAAUUUUGAUGAGGAUGCUGGAAAAGAACAGUGCCUCUUUCCACUGCCAGAACCCCAGGACCUUUUCCAGGCCUCACAGAUGAAGUUUGAAGAUUUUCAAAAAGAUCUCAGAAAACUGAAGAAAGACUUGAAAGCCUGUGAAGUUGAAGCGGGGAAAGUAUACCAGGUCUCCUCAAAAGAGCACAUGCAGCCUUUUAAAGAAAACAUGGAACAAUUUAUUAUUCAAGCCAAAAUUGACCAAGAGGCAGAGGAAAAUUCACUGACAGAGACUCAUAAAUGCUUUUUGGAGACUACGGCAUAUUUCUUCAUGAAACCAAAACUUGGAGAGAAGGAGGUGUCUCCAAAUGCUUUCUUCAGUAUCUGGCAUGAAUUCAGCUCUGACUUUAAAGACUUCUGGAAGAAAGAGAACAAACUUCUUCUACAAGAGAGAGUAAAAGAAGCCGAGGAGGUGUGUAGACAGAAGAAGGGAAAAUCACUUUAUAAAAUAAAACCAAGACAUGAUUCUGGAAUUAAAGCAAAGAUAAGCAUGAAAACUUGAACAAUGAAAAGCAGAAUGAAAAUGAGUCAUUGCAACGACUUUCACAAAAUUCAGCUGACCUGAGGGUGGGAAGGAAACUACCGUCAUUCUGCUCAUGUUUCUUCUUGACCUCUUGCAUAAUCUUUUUGUUUUCUAGACAGUUCACUAAUUGUUGAAUUUUACUGUAUAUUCAUAUAAAAAUACAAAAGUACUAGACCAGUGGAGAAUUUGACGCCUUUUCUUUUUGUAAAAGUUUAUGGUAUUAUACCGAUAGACCAAAACAGCAUGUAUAAGAGGCAGUAUCUGCACUAAUUCUGAACAUGCUAAACAUUAACUAAAAUUCCCUGUUGUGAGAAUAUUCCUCAUCACAGCAAAAACACUUUCCUUUCUACUGACAACCAGUCCACAUCACAGCAUUUAGACAUAUGGGUAAAAUGUUAUUUCUAGUGAAUUGUUUGUAUCAGUUUCAUGUCUACGUGUAAAUUUUCUAUUUUAAAAUUUGAGUACCAUUUAUAAUCAGUGCUUUCCAAACUCUUGGGUUGCUCUCCAUAGCUAUAUAUUUGUGAAAGAAGAUGGUCAUUUUUUUACUGAAGUCAUACAAUGACUUGAGUCAGCUCAUAAUGCAAAACGUGAUGGUUUUGUAUGAGCUGGGUUUUUGGGUUUUUUUUUUUUUUCAUUACUUUUAAUGAUCUUUGUUGCAAGUUACAGUUGUGGAUAAAGGGGAGAAUUUAUUGCUCUUGCAAAUCAAUUAUGGAAAGCAACUUAAGAAAAACAAUGUUCUAAAUCAUAAUUGUUUGUAUUUAUGUAAAGUAUGGUCUCUUACUUUUUAGUUUGUAGUUUAAGUGCAAAGGAACAGUAGUGGUUAUUUUCCUGUUGUUUUGUAGUCUUCCUGUCCCCUUCAGUCCCUCCAGUGUGUAUAUUACCAUUCUCCAAUGAAAUAAUAGGGCAUUUAACAAAGAUCGCUAUGUGCAAUACUGUAUUUAGUGUUUCUAUUUCAAUUUUUCUAGGAUGUUAAUUUAUAUGAAAAUAAAAUGAAUAAUAAAAGAAUAAAGAUACUUGCAAAA